UUGAACAGGAGCGCUAUUGUCUGCAUCGGGGUCCUAAAUUUCAAAACAAUCGAAAUGGCGGCGUCUAUAAGAUGGAGUCUAUUACAACUUAGACGGACAAAUCGAUUAAGAUUGCCUGUAAAUGACCAAAAUAAGUGGUAUUCAAUGUGGGCUUCCCACAGAAUACAGUCACAACAGUAUAAAUGCAAAGCAUUUUCAGUACGAAUGAUUUCAAUUUCAACUCAAGACACACCAAAUCCCAGAAGUCUAAAGUUUCUUCCCGGUAAGCCUGUUUUGGGGACAGGGACUCACGAUUUCCCAACAUCAAACUCAGCUGAGAGUUCCCCUUUAGCCAGGGAUCUUUUCCAAAUUGAAGGCAUAAAAAGUGUCUUUUAUGGCCCAGAUUUUAUCACACUGACUAAGACAGAUGAUGAUGUUGAAUGGACAGACAUUAAACGACAUGCGACUGAGGUCAUCACUAAGUUCUUUGAGAGUGGAAAGUCCAUCACAAUGGGAGCAACACAUGCUGAGAGCAGUAUUACAGAGGAUGAUGAUGAAAUUGUCUCAAUGAUCAAAGAGCUGUUAGACACAAGGAUCAGACCCACGGUUCAGGAGGAUGGUGGAGAUGUCAUAUUCAAAGGCUUUGAGGAUGGCACUGUCAAGUUGAAGCUGAUUGGCUCCUGUACUGGCUGUCCCAGCUCCACAGUUACCCUAAAAAACGGCAUCCAGAACAUGUUGCAGUUUUAUGUACCCGAGGUAGACCUGGUAGAACAGGUGGAGGAUGAAGUGGAUGAGAUCAACACAAAGGUUUUUACAGAACUGGAGAAGAAACUGCAAGACUCAUAGCGUGAGACCUGUCCGGCUCUGCUGUCAACAUAUUUCAAUUGCUAUCAAUGUGUUAUAAUCAUAGUGGGAUUCAGACUCUCCAUAAAGAUGCUGAAUAUUUAAGGUUCAGAAACUAGAAUAUACUGUAAUAUUUAACCAAGCCUAAAGUCGUAAGUUGUUCUGUUUCCACUAAUAGUGCAAUAUUGUGGUUGCAAGUACAAGAAAUUAAGCUCUGCACUUUCCAUAUUACCGUCAUGUGCUCUGACUGUUGCUCUUUUAGAUCUUUAAACAGGUUUGUUACUUGUCUGAGAGAAAAAGUUAAAUUGAAGACGCUUGUAAUUCUUUUUAAUUUCAAAUCAUUAUUGCAUGUUGAAAUUUCACCUAGACGUCUGGUGACCGCAUUAAAUAAGUGGGAGUUUUUUUGGUAUGAAUUCAAUGCUGUGAUCCUGAUACAUUCUUAAACUUCCAUUGACCACUUUCAAUAUUAGAUCUACAACAGCUCUAAGAGUCUUUCAGAAUGAGAUCAGUUGUGGAAGAUUGUAUUCAUCCACUGCCAUCCAGCAGUUCGGGAGGACCUAUACUGAAAUAAAGUUGUGUUUAAAUUAG